AUGAACGGGACUAUACUGCAUGAGGCCCGUAGUAUUCAACUGCAUAUCAAGAUUUGGAAAAAGGCCAAUGGAUUUAAGCCCUUUCUGCUGGACUCUACCAUUGAUGCGUGCCGAUUUUUGAAAUCUUCCUAUGAUCCGUUUGCAAAAAUAGUCUAUAAUAUCUUCAAGGACUUUUCAAAUAUUAAUCACACCUGUCCGUAUGUGGGACCGCAAAUCGUCACGGACUUUUACCUCAGACCGGAACUAUUACUCUUGCCCUUUCCCUCAGGCGAGUUUUUGCUGUCCAUGCAGUGGUUUUUCUAUAAGAAACCCCAGUUCGAUACGAAUGAAGCGGAAGUCUUCAGGUUCUCGAAUGUCGUAUGCCAUAGCUAUAACGAGUCCUGGGUCCUGUUCGACACUUGUCGCUUAAAAGCCGUCAGCAGGGAGAGGGUUUUACUUAAUAUUAAAACGAAUAUUUUACAUCCGACUAAUGAUAUUAAGCUUCAUGUCAAGAUGUGGAAAAAGGCUAGUGGCUUUAAGCCAUGGUUACUGGACUCCACCGUUGAUUGCUGCCGAUAUAUGAAGAAGUCCUACAACCCUUUUGCCAACAUAGUCUUCAACAUCUACAAGGACUUUUCCAACUUAAAUCACUCCUGUCCGUACGUGGGCUUACAAAUUGUGAAGGACUUUUACCUUCGAUCUGAACUCCUUCGAUUGCCAAUACCUUCUGGGGAAUAUUUGAUAUCGAUGCAGUGGUUUUUCUAUAAAAUGCUACAGUUUGACACCAACGUUACUUUUCUUUAUUUGGAGGAUCUUAUUAAAAGAUAUUAG